AUACCACCUAAGUAGGUACCUAUUCUUGAAGGUCCUUUUAUCGUUGCCUUUGUUGUUCUCCUACGUUGCUAGGCGUUAUCGAUUUGGUUAGAUUGCAGGUAGCCUUAGUUCGUAAUGACUAAAACAAACCACGUUAUUUCAUUCACAUGUUAUUUUUAAUAAUUUUUAAUCGACAUCAUUGCAAGUCCCGCAAUGGAUUACGAUCUUUCACGUGUUGACUACACCAUCUGUGGUAUUACAUACCCAGAUACAUUGAAAAUAUUACCGGCACCUGGGCCACGAACUCAGCAAAAGUUUGUAAUAGGAGAUAAAAACGGAGUUUUACAAUGUCUAAGUAUAAAAGAUGAAGAGCCGAUCGUUCAAUUUAAAACCCUGCCCGGGAAACCCAUUACUUCUGUUCAACUAGCCUCUACUUAUGGUACUCCGUCAGACAAAAUAUUUGCUGCAUCUGGUAACGAAGUUAAGGGCUAUACAAAAAAAGGAAAAGUAUUUCUUACAAUCGAAACCUCGGUGUCUGAAACAAUCACUUCCAUGUGUGUUGUCGGAGGCGAUCUGAUUCUAUGCAGUGGUCGUACCGUCACCUGCUACAGGGAUUUGAGGGAAUUGCACUCUUACAUCUGCGAAGAUAGAGUGCUCGACAUCGCUGCGUUUGCGGCGCCGAAUAGUACCCGCAUUCGACUGCUCGCAUUGGUCGCCAAUAAAGGCGCAAUCUUAUUGGAGAAUGGUCAAUUGAUCACUCAUGCAGCGAUAUCCUCGGGGCCGUCUCGCCUGGCCAUACCUCCAUCACUCCACACGUCUGAUAUCUACGCCUACUAUGGAGCGGCUGAUGGGUGCAUAGGACUUAUUGUGUAUGAAGAUUCGGUGUUAACAAAUAAGUGCCUAAUGGAAGGAAGAGGCUUAGGCUCGGUGGUGUGCAUCGGUUGGUUUUUCGGCAGCGGCGGUACUCACUUAGCAGUUGGCCGCCAUGAUGGUUCUAUACAGUUAUAUUUGAUUGACAUGGAAAACUUUUCUGAAAAGCCACGCCUUAAGUUUACUUACUUUUGCGGCGAGCCCGUCACGUCAGUUACUGGUGGCUGUAUAGGUACAGCAGAAGAACCGGAAUUAAUAGCCACAACAUUUUCUGGUAGAAUAUUUGCUCUAAGAUCACGACGUCAGGUUUCAGGAGCGUCACUAAACAAUCUGUCCUUGGAUGCUCUUACUGCACGACGAUCUAAACUCGAAACAGAAGUUGCACGAUUGGAGAAGCAAACGGCAAAUGAACGAGAGAAAUACCAACGAAGUACACGAUCUUUGCAAGCGGGCAUUUCAGCACCACCGUUAUUAGAUAUUCAAUGUGAGCUUUCGGGAGCCACAGGCGACGGAUGGCAAGAAGCGAGGAUCACGUCGGCUGUUCCACUUGAUAUGCUAUUCAUUUACUGCAAAAGAAAGCUGGACAUGCAAACCGAUAGCGCUGCCGUUUUGAGCGUGUGUUCUUCUCAGGGAAAAAAUCAAGACCUUUUAGCCACAGUAAGAUGCCAAGCAGGGACCAGACGCCUCUGGGUGAAGAUUCGUCUCACAUUGGAUCCUGCAACCAGGGCUUCAGACUCAGUGAGAGUGCUAAUCUACGCUCUGCCGGCUGGAGCUCCAAGAGUAGCUCGUCUGAUUCACCUGCGGUUGCCAAUUUUACCCUAUUACUCUCAACACGAACAUCCUGAACUGGAUAACGAGACAAGAUCAUGGUGUCAAGUCCGUGUGUCAGGCAGCUUUUCUGUAGCGGAAAUUACUUCAUGGCUAAAUGAAGCGCUCCCAGGAGAUUUGCCAAGACCAUCAUCGAAUGUGGUUUUUGCUCGUUCUCAUGCUCUCCUCAAAACAAUUCUUGUAUGCCAAUACCAACGGGGAAAUGCAGUAUUUAAAUCUGAUAAUAUUACUACAAUAGCUAUUUUACGAGAUAUGAUGUCUAAUUGCUCAGUAGAAAAGAGCAUUCGAGUAGAAAUAUCUUGUGAUAUUCCAGUUGACAGUUGUUUGAAAGCGCUUAUUCGGAUUCAAGACUAUUACGAGGUAGAGUAUAAGAAAUAUCAGGACCUUGCUCUGAAAAAAGCACUCAGCGCCUUAGAUUUAGACGACAAAACAGUAAACGAAGAAGAGUUAACGCUAUGCGAAGACUAUCGACGUGUAUGGAAUAUUGCGGACGGCGACAUAAACAAGACGCAUUUUAAAGAACUUUUGGAAACUAUACAUCGAUGGUAUGCUGAUUGGCAUGAGUUAUCACUGCAUAGCAAAGAUUUUCAUAACAAUAAAAAUAUUCUUUAUGAUGCAUUGCUGAACUGUAGACUAAAGCAAAUUAGGCAAAUAUUUUCCAAUGAACAAAUGAAUUCUAACUAAGAAAUCAGUGUACAUACUGUAUUCAACAAUAAAAGUCUUAAAAA